AUGAUGAUGGAAAAUCACAAGAUAGUUCUAUCAACUGAGUUUGUAAACGACUACUCAACAUCCAACACAAACUCGUAUGAAAAGGGGAAAGAGGUAAAGAAAGCUGAACCAGAAAAGACUGAUAAUUCUGUAAAAGAUGAAGACAAGGAAGUCUGGUGUUCAAAAGUCGAGGAGGAUCUUUCAAACUGCUUGAGGAACUACUACGAAACCUUUUUAACCGAGAAUCUGGAGUCAAAUGAAAAGGAUAAAUCGUCUGAACUUUUAAAAUGUUGUAGUCACUUUAAAGAGUACGAACCGUGCGCAAAAAAGCUUUAA